AUGGACCUUUCUUUUGUUCUAGUUCGCCACAACCCAAAUGUGCAGCUGGAGUUUUACAGUUGUUCCCCGAACCUCACGGGCUCGCUCCAACUGCAAUACCAAGCGUCACACCCCGCCUUGACUCCUAGCAUCUAUCGGUGCCCAAAUCUCGCCUUUGACUACAACCAUGCGGAGCUUCUUAUCUCGGCAUGGAAGAAAGUUGGCAAUAUCCCGAGUUCAUCCACACUGGCGCUCCAUCGUCUGUCCUCGUAUUUCGCGCUUGGAGCCACUGAGCCAGGAUUCGAAGCUUAUCCCAAGAAUCUCGGCAGCAGCAGUAUUCUCUACUACCAAAACCAAACAUAUGUCUCCCGGACAACUGUGGAUAGACAAGAAGCGCCUUCGGGUGUCUCAUUGUUCAUUCGUCCAUCAUCGCAGAAUGCGAAAUGGACUCAAUUGCCUUUAAAAGCUACUCGGUCUGCAAAGGCAAUCAGCUCGCAGCUUUUGACCCGAUCUGCGACUAAAGGAAGCUUCCAAUAUGUCCACCAUAUCUGUCAAACCGAGAAGGGAACUUUGUUCAUCGACUCGGUGAAGGAUACAUUGUUCAUGGACUUUUCUCCCGACAAUUCCAUCUUUUGGCAAAGCGUUGAAGUUCCAAACUCCGCAAGCCUCGGGAUCUGUGAGGGCAAUUUCUCCUCCUGCUUGCUUUUUGAUCAAAGCAAUGGCCAGUCAAAAUGGAAAUUGUACAUCUUUUAUGUCACCAAGGACUCUCCUGGCUCCACGGAGAGCAAAAUCAAGGCAUUCUACAUCCCGCUCCGCCAGGACGGUUCUCUUGACAAGAACAAGGCCGAUUUCCAAGGCUGGCAGGUCAUUGACUCCUACAAUCUUGCAUCCAGUAGCACGCAGCCGGGCCCGAUAACUGCGCGACUGGACGAAGGCGGCAAGGCAGUUUGGUUGGUAUACACUGUUGGUGGUGGUCAACCCCGGUGUGUCACGGCCUCUUUUGGGGAGAAUGGAGAGCUUCCUAAAUCUGGAACGCAGUGGUCCCAGCGAGAGAUGGAGCUAGGCUUCGUCCCUUCUGAAAAGGACCAAUACACGUCAAUUUUUCUUCCACGGGCUUAUAUUGAAUGA